AUGCUGGCUUUCACUGCUUACUAUGCUGCGUCCUGCGGUGAUGGGAACGCGAAUUUCGAUGGCACUGGGAUUGCACUGUUCCAGUUUGGAUGGGGCUUGGGGGCGAGAAGGCUGGACAGCCUACCAGGUGUCGCACACGUCCCGCCGCGCCGGAUCGCAAGCAUGGCGACAGAAGCCGUGAUGGUCGCAGAGUCGCCCGCUGGGGCAUCCAACGAGGUCAAGCUCUUCGGCAAGUGGUCCUUCGCAGCGGAGGAGAUCACGGUGAACGACUUGUCGCUUGCCGACUACAUCGCCGUCAAGCACGCCAUCACCGUGCCGCACACUGCCGGCCGUUACUCAGCCAAGCGCUUCCGCAAGGCGAACUGCCCGAUCAUUGAGCGGCUGACGAACAGUCUGAUGAUGCACGGGCGCAACAACGGCAAGAAGAUGAUGGCGGUGCGCAUCGUGCAGCACGCCAUGGAGAUCAUCCACCUGCUCACCGACCAGAACCCCAUCCAAGUCAUCGUCGACGCCAUCGUCAACAGCGGGCCGCGCGAGGACGCGACGAGGAUCGGGUCGGCGGGAGUCAUUCGGCGCCAGGCCGUCGACAUCUCGCCGCUGCGACGAGUCAACCAGGCCAUCGCGCUGCUGACGACGGGCGCGCGCGAGGCGUCGUUCCGCAACGUGAAGACGAUCGCGGAGUGCCUGGCGGACGAGCUCAUCAACGCCGCCAAGGGCAGCUCCAACAGGGCAGGUGUGUUGACAGGUGUGUUGACGCUCCCCAUGGGCUUUAAGGCAGCUCCAACAGGUGAGCUGCUCACCUGCGACAGCGGGCAUGGUGGGCACAAGGUGGGCAGUGGUGGCAGUGAGCAGCUGUGCUCGCAGUAA